AUGAGUAUAACGAAAAUUCUCGACUCCUCCAAAGUCAAUGCAGGAAUCAACAACAACGACGCGAGGUCGAACGAUGAAGCCAGCGACAAAGGUGUUGGUGAUACUAUCGACCACUUACCGACCCUAGCACAUUCAUCUGCUUCUGCCAGAACUCCAUCAGCUCUUUCUGCCCAUCCACUGCCCAGCAGUCCGCAUAGGUCGGCAAAGCCAGCACAACACACCACGCACAAACCUACCGCAAAGCAACCCGCACCCCACACCCCGCCCGCGAACAACCACGGCGCCGAGACCAAAAACCUCACCCGUCGUUGCCGUACUUCCGUGCCAGACGAACCACCUCUCAUCGUCCUGCGGAACCUGCGCAGCAUCCCACCAGGCAGCGCACGCCGCAGCAGAGCAGAGCAGAGCCCGGCGCGCCCACCGCGCUGGUCCUCUCUUCGCGUCCCGGGACCCAGACGAAAGCAACUCCAGUCCAUCCCGCCGGCCGGUGUCCCCUACGGAUACACCCCCUCUAGAAUGAGGCUCUGGUCCUCGAGCCUCAUGGGGACCUCCCUCCUCACGGUCCUCGCGGGGUCCGGGCCCGCUCUCGCAACGGUCCCCAUCCUAACAGAGGUCUCUCUAAAAGGCUGCGCCGAUGUAGACUGCCCGCCCGGCGCCGUCGACGACCUCGUCGGCGAGUCAAACUGUACCCUCGCCGGCUCCGUCCUCCGCCGCGUCGGCAUCGCCCCGGAGGUUCUCGACAUACCCAUAGACGACAAGAACACCACCGACAUUCGCAAGCUCUCCCUCACCGUCGCCACCGUCGCCAACUCCCCCGCCCCGGCAAACUCCCCCAGCUGGAUAAAGAAGCAGCUCUAUACCCAAUCCUACUACCUAGGCGCCCCCGCAGGACUGAAUCUCUCGUCGGAGAGCUACCCCAAGGGAUGCGCCCUCAUCUUCCAGCACAUGUUCCAGACGUUGCCCACACCGCACGAGGUACCCGACCUCGACACCACAGACUGUAGCCCUUGGCUCCAGCAGUCCUGUAUGGACGAGAUCACGGGCUACGUAGACGACUUCCGCACCGCCCACUCCAAUGACGAGACCCUACCCCGGUGCCAGGAAAUCGCAAUGUACCUCGAGGAGCGGACGCGUACAGAUAAAGAUUUCCACUGCAACCUCGUCGCCGGCGCCGUCAACAUCACCGGUGUCGACGUCAUCGGCCCGGACGCCCCGACCGUGCUGGCGCAGGACGCGGGCGACGCAGACGACAACAACGACUGCCACCCGACGCUGCCGCAGUCGUACGACAUGUUCAAGCUGACCGACGUGGAGCUGAUUCUCGACGGGGACGGGAGCACGACAAAACCAACAGGCGGGCUGAACGGGUACACGCCCGUCAUGAGCGUCUUGUUUGACAAGCUCUUGUAUUCGCAAUGGAUCUGCAUGAAGACGAUGAGUGAGUACGACCAGGAGAACGCGAGUGCGAGGACGAGCACGCCUCUGGUGGCGGGCCUGAUUAUGGCGCUUGCGACCUUGGUAGCAAUCAUGAUGCUAUGA